AUGGUUCAGUCCGCAGUUCUCGGUUUCCCCCGUAUGGGUGUUAACCGUGACCUGAAGAAGGCCACCGAAGCUUACUGGGCUGGAAAGAUCUCUCAGCCUGAGCUGCUUGCCGAGGCCAAGAGGCUCCGCCUGGCUCACUGGAAGAUCCAGAAGGAUGCCGGCGUCGACAUCAUCCCCAGCAACGACUUUGCCCUGUACGACCAGGUUCUCUCUCACAUCCAGGACUUUGGUGCUGUCCCUGAGCGAUACACCAAGGAUGGCCUUGACACCGUUGACCAGUACUUCGCCAUGGGCCGUGGCCACCAGAAGGGAGGCAUCGACGUGCCCUCCCUGGAGAUGGUCAAGUGGUUCGACUCCAACUACCACUACGUCAAGCCUACUCUCCAGGACGGCCAGACCUUCAAGCUGACCGCCACCCCCAAGGCUGUUGCUGAGUUCAACGAGGCCAAGGAGGCCGGCAUCGUCACCCGCCCCGUCCUGGUCGGCCCCGUCUCUUUCCUGCACCUCGGAAAGGCCGACCGUGGCCAGACCGUCGACCCCAUUGACCUGCUCGACAACCUCCUGCCCGUCUACGAGCAGCUCCUUGUCCAGCUCAAGGAGGCUGGUGCCGAGACCGUCCAGAUCGACGAGCCCGUCCUCGUCUUCGAUCUGCCCGCCAAGACCAAGGCUGCUUUCAAGCCCGCCUAUGAGAAGUUCGCCAGCCUCGGCGACAAGAUCCCCAAGCUGGUCUUCACCACCUACUUCGGUGACAUUGUCCACAACCUGGACCUCGUCCCCAAGGACAUCUACGCCGUCCACAUUGACCUUGUCCGCAACCCCGAGCAGCUCGAGACCGUCCUCGGUGCCCUCGGCUCCAAGACCGUUCUGUCUGCCGGUGUUGUCGACGGACGUAACAUCUGGAAGACCAACCUGAAGCGCGCCAUUGAGACUGUCGAGAGCGCUGUCCAGAAGCUCGGCAAGGAGCGCGUCAUUGUCGCCACCUCCUCCUCUCUCCUUCACACUCCCCACACUCUCGCCAGCGAGAAGAAGCUGGACCCUGAGAUUGCCGACUGGUUCUCCUUCGCCUCCGAGAAGGUCGUCGAGGUUGCCAUCAUCGCCAAGGCCGUGACUGAGGGCCCUGCCGCUGUCCGUGAGCAGCUCGAGGCCAACGCCAAGUCCAUCCAGGCUCGCGCCACCUCUCCUCGCACCAACGACCCCCAGGUCAAGGAGCGCCAGUCCAAGAUCACCCCUGCCGACUACAACCGAAAGUCUGAGUUCCCUGCCCGUAUCGAGGCUCAGCAGAAGAAGCUCAACCUGCCCCUCUUCCCCACCACCACCAUCGGCUCCUUCCCCCAGACCAAGGAGAUCCGCCUGUCCCGCAACAAGCUGACCAAGGGCGAGAUCACCGCUGCCGAGUACGACUCCUUCAUUGAGAAGGAGAUCCGUGACAACGUCAAGAUUCAGGAGGAGCUUGAGCUCGACGUCUUCGUCCACGGUGAGCCUGAGCGUAACGACAUGGUCCAGUACUUUGGCGAGCGCCUGAACGGCUAUGCCUUCACCACCCACGCCUGGGUCCAGAGCUACGGCUCUCGAUGCGUCCGACCUCCCAUCAUUGUCGGUGACAUCUCCCGCCCCGCCCCCAUGACCGUCAAGGAGUCCAAGUACGCCGUGUCCGUCUCCAGCAAGCCCAUGAAGGGUAUGCUUACUGGACCCGUCACCUGCCUGCGAUGGUCUUUCCCUCGUGACGACGUCCACCAGUCCGUCCAGGCCGAGCAGCUCGCUCUGGCUCUCCGUGACGAGGUCGUCGACCUUGAGGCCGCCGGCGUUGAUGUCAUCCAGGUCGAUGAGCCUGCCCUCCGUGAGGGUCUCCCUCUCCGCGCCGGCAAGGAGCGCGAUGCCUACCUCAAGUGGGCUGUCAACGCUUUCCGCCUGUCCACCACCGGCGUCGAGGACUCCACUCAGAUCCCCUCCCACUUCUGCUACUCUGAGUUCCAGGACUUCUUCCACGCCAUCGCUGCCCUCGAUGCCGACGUUCUGUCCAUCGAGAACAGCAAGUCCGAUGCCAAGCUGCUGAGCGUCUUCGUCGACUCUGCCUACCCCCGCCACAUCGGACCUGGUGUCUACGACAUCCACUCUCCCCGUGUUCCCAGCGAGCAGGAGAUCAAGGACCGCAUCGAGGAGAUGCUCCAGUACCUCAAGCCUGAGCAGCUCUGGAUCAACCCCGACUGCGGUCUCAAGACCCGCCAGUGGAAGGAGACCAAGGAGGCCCUGGCCAACAUGAUCGCCGCCACCAAGUACUUCCGUGCCAAGUACGCCAAAUAA